AUGAUGGUCGCCGAGAGAAAUAUGGUUCGUCUUGUGGCUGUGCAACAUCUCCGCACGGCGUAUGGGAUCAAGACGAAGAAUUGGAACAAAAACAAAGCGGACAAUGUGAAGUCAACUGCAACAAUAAACUCGACAAAGGUCUUCGGAGUACCGUUGGAGAGCUUACCGUAUUAUAACAUGGCGCGUGGGAAUGUGCCAAGCUUUCUGGUGGAUGCAUGUAUGAAGUUACAAGCACAUGUUGACACAGAAGGCCUGUUCAGAAAAUCGGGCUCUGUGCUUCGCCUGAAAGCCUUACGGGCCAAAGUGGAUUCGGGUGAGGAGUGCCUUUCUUCCGCACUUCCCUGUGACAUUGCCAGCCUAGUCAAGCAGUUCUUUAGGGAGCUGCCAGAACCGGUGCUACCCACCGAGCUGCAGGAGGCCUUUCUCAAGGCCCAGCAGCUCCCUAGCCAGGAGGACCGCACCUCUGCCACCGUGCUGCUUUCGUGCAUUCUGCCUGACAGGAGCCUCAGUGUCUUGUGCCACUUUUUGGACUUCCUCCAAAACGUCUCCAAGAGGAGUGCUGAGAAUAAAAUGGACAUCGCUAAUUUGUCCCUAAUCUUGGCUCCUAAUCUGCUGCACUGCGGAGAAGGUACUGAGAAGAUGAACGCCAACACAGAAAAACGCAUCCGACUGCAGACAGCAGUCGUUCACUGCUUCAUUGAGCACGCCCACAAUUUUGGAGUGCUGCCACAGUUCCUCGAAGAGAAGGUUUCAGCAAUGAUGCACUCUGAUCCGGCAAUUCUCUCUCCUGCUUUCAAUGAGCUUCAGGAGCUAGACCAAAACUCGGAGACGAGACGCAGAAAUAGACAGAGUCUCGGAGGUAAGGCUUCAUUGACUGUAGGGUUGGUCUUUUCUUCUGUCACGCCUGUGAUUGCAACGCCAUCUUCCAAGCGCAAGCUGCCUUUCGAUUCCGGUCAUUCUUUCGGAUUCUCAAACAAGAAACGUAGAUCUGUAAAGAAGAAUCUCGGGAUGGAAUCGCUUCCAAAUUAUUUGUUCGGCACCUCCACACCUGGAUCAGCUUACAGUGCGUCGGGGGUGCUUGAUUCCUCUCCAAGUACUCUGUCUUCUGCUGGGAAAUUUGGAAGGCUGUCGACCGCCUCGGCAAGGAGAAAGAGCAGAAGAGUGAGCGGCAGGCACGCAGUCAGCAGAGUCGAAUCUGGACGAGCCGGCUGCUUUUCCCCCAAAGUCAGCAAACAUGAAGUACCGCGCAAAUCGCUGCGUCAGCGUUUCAGCUUGGGAAGGAACCACAAAGACAUUGGGUCCGAGUCCAUAGGUUUGCGACUCGCCAGCCAGGAGAGCGCCGCCAGUUUUUGUUUCACCAAAGAAAUCCCCGCGUUCAAUCCGCCGCUUCUGCCCAGAAACACGCAAACAAAAAGUUCAAAGUUCAUAAGCAAGUCUGAAGACAACUUGCUGACCCCCCAGUGCGAGCCAGGUGCCCACUGCGCCUCAUGGAACAGCCAUGAUCCCGGAGAAGUAUCCUUCCCCGACACGCCCACUGGUGUGCGUCUUAAAAGCAAUUGCGUGUCUGAACCUGCCUUUGGGGGGUCUGGCCUGCCUAAAAAGUUGUGUUGCGCUACCGGUGAGGUAAGCUUGGAAAGCGAGACCUCAGUUUCCAAAGCCUCGGGUCAAAUCGUAACGGAAGUAGAGAAGGCCGUCGUGGAAAUGCCGUCGGUUAGCGUCCUGCUCCCUUCGCCGAAGACACCUACAGUACCAUCGCGAAGUGGGGACACUCCCAAGUUCAAGUUCCCAGCUCAUCGUAAAUUGAACGUUACAUUUGACGCAGAAGCUUUAUCGCCUUUGCAUAUCGAUAGUGUCGUUCUGGAUCCUAGCGGGAGUUGUAGCAAGGCACCCAGCGCUGCUCAGAGUUCGUUUAGCAUCGCCGCGGAAGAAAGUGAAGACUCGCCCGAGCGGGCUUACCGCAGUAGGUUGAUCGAAGCAUUGGAUAUUCAGAGUCCGGCUCACUUUGAACCAGGUAUCUCGCCGGGACUGCAGUCCACUCCCUACGCACCACGCCUCGAGCCGACAGUCGACGUCCAUGCAAACCAGCGUGAGAAAUCGUCUGUCCCGGACGCGGGUACUCCAAAGUGCCGCCGUCUGCGCGUGGUAGACCACAUCCAACGUUUCAACAAACUCACCCUGAAGUCUCCCCGAGGCGCCGAGGCCAAACAUGUCAAAUCGCCGUUGAAGUUCCAGCGCACCCCCGUGCGCCAGGCGGUCCGUAGGAUCAACUCACUCAUUGGCGAGAGCAAGAGACCUGCUGGAAACGUGGACACGAGUGACUCUCGAGGAAUUAAAUCUGCGAGGGCCGUGAGCUUGGAGAGCGGCCUGUCCCCGCAGCGACCAUUUCUGAAGAAAGCCCCGCCCGUCCCACCCAAAAAGCCGAGCUCAUUGGCUGCUAAAGUUAAGGCUUGUGCUCUCGGCGACGUGACCAACAAGUUACAAACCAAGGCCAACGGGGACUCCUCCAUCUCAGGCUGUGCGGCGGCUCACAAGGUUGUUUCGCAGCAGCUCGCAGGGAACGAAGUGCAAAAUUACCAAGGGACAGUCAGAAACAAGCUCGGCCGACCGCGACUGCUGCCGGCCACAAAGCCGGUCGAUCUGUAG